AUGCUGCAGACGCUGUUUUGGAGGCUCUGGAUGCCACGCUGAGGAGCUGCACAGCAUUUCAAAUGUCGGAUAUCCAUCCAGCAGCAUCUCCAAGACCCGAACAUGACGAACCGGAGGGUGGACAGACAACCACAGACAAGAUAGUGUCUGGCAUCGGAAAGGCGGCCGUGUAUGCCGCUCAGGGCCUCGCGGUGGGGGCGACGGCAAUCAGCAAGAAAAUCAAGCAAGGGGCCGAUAAGUACAAGGGGAGCACGGAAGCCUGCGAGAGCCCCAAGCCCGUGGACGAGAAGACUAAAGCAAGGGUGGAGACGGCGAAGGCCGUCGCCAAGACGGCCUCCAAGAUCACAGGCGCGGCCAUAGAGGCGGCCGCGGGACUGGCCUCUUCCGUCGCCACCGCAAUCAUCUCUAGCUCCAAGGACAAAGACAAGGACUUGAGCGCCGCUGGCUCGUCUGCCGGUCAGUCUGUUGGCCAGUCCGCCAAGGCGAUCGGCGCCGCGACGCUGGUUGCAGCCGCCGAGGUGUACGAGGCCAUGGACGAGGCCUUCAAGCUCGUGGCGCGCACCGCCGCCAAGGCCACGGCGGAGGUGGUGGAGCACAAAUAUGGCAAGGACUACGGCGAUACGGCGUACGAUGCCAUGUCCGCGGCGGGCCACUCCGCGGAGGCGUACACUGCGAUGAGGAAGAUGGGCAGGAAGACGGUGCUGAAGGUGGCCAAAAACACCGCCAGCUCUUCCCUGGAAUCUAGCGGCGCCAAGAGCAGUCAGGGGGGCAAGCUGGCCAUGGAGGGCGCCUGA